AUGAUUUUUUACACGUAUAUCUGCUUUUUAUUACAUAUUUUAAUUAUAUCAAGUUUACAAGAAAAAUCUCUAUUGGGAAACAUUAUUCGUAAGGAAUUAGGUAAAUUUCAAUGUGAUAUUCAUGAUUUUACUAGUACGUAUAAAAAUGAAUUUCAAGAAUCACCAUUCAGAAAUCGAAGUAUAAAGGAAAUAACAGCUUCAUGGCAAAGUACAUUUCCCGAAGGCAACUAUCGAACAAAUACAAAAAAUUCAAUACCAUUUAGUCGUAUGAAUCUUCGUGAGCCAGAUACUAUUCUUCGUAUGGCUGAAUAUCAAGCCAUGAUUUAUUGUAAAUCGACUAUGUUAGGUGCACCAUCAGACAUAUCUUCAAUAAGAAAUAUGGCAAAGAAAAAUCUUCGUGUUGGUAAUUUCACAAUUGAAGCAACUGGUUUUGAUAGAAAACGUGUUUCAUAUUGGUAUAUUGCAUCAAAUAUUGCUCAACAAUCAAUUAUACUUGUUCAUCGUGGAACUAAAACAUCAAAUCCAAGUGAUGUGUUUGAUGAUCUUGAUCGUUUUAAUAUACAUAAUACACAUGGCUUACUCAAUCGAGAUUUUUCUUAUUUAUCUUCAUCAAAAGAUGUUUAUGUUGAUAGUGGUUUUUAUCAACGAUUUCAACAUGAAAAAACAGCAAUUGUAUCUGCUCUUCGUCCAGUUCUUAGUCGAUAUUCAAAUCCUGCUUUUUCAUUUAUUGUUGUUGGUCAUUCACUUGGUGCUUCAUGGGCAUUUUUAAAUGCUGCAUAUUUUGCUAGUCAAAAUGAUAUUAAUCAACGAAUGUCGGCUAUCUAUACAUUUGGUCAACCAUUACUUGGUUCAGCAGCAUUUGUCAAUGAAAUAACAAAGAAAUUAAAUACACCAAAUGAACGUUAUGUUCGUGUAGUUAAUGGAAAUGAUAUGGUUCCUCAUAUAGGCUGUGGAAAAUGUAUUCAACCAGAAUAUGCAAAUGAAAAAUGGAUUAUGAAUACGAAUGAAGUUAUAUGGAAAGAUUGUAAUGGUGGUAAAGAUCUUAAAUGUAGUUCUGGUAUACCUUGUAAUAAAUUAUCAUGGUCAAAUCAUAGCGCUGUAGGUAAAUUGUCAAUGCGUGGUGAAUUUUGUCGAAUUGCAAGCAAUAGUUGA